AGAUGGCUUCUUAUUGUUGUUCUUUUUCGCCAGCAGCGCAAAAGUUUUGCAACCACAUCAUGUUCCGAGUGCUCUAAUUUUCAGAAAGUGUUUAUUAAUUUUCUCUGUCGUGAAAAGAUUGUCCUGUGCCGUGAAUUUGAUUCGUUUUAAUUCGUGAAACAACGCAAAUCAUAAAAUCUGCCAGUGUUGAUGGACGACGAUGGUGACCGGGCGACGACGGCAACAAAGAGAACCCGAUUUGCCCUCAGGGAGCCACUGAAGCUCGGUGACGGUGAGCUGCCCGGAUCCGUGGUGGAACUUUUGACACCACAUCAGCUGGAAGGAAUCCGGUUCAUCCAUCGGGGUUUGAAACAGAACAAAGGCGUAAUCUUGAAUGACGAAUCGGGUUUGGGCAAGACGCACCAGGUAAUCGGGUACUUAUCGGCGGCGGUUGGCCUUGCUGAUAAGAAGACUGCUGCAAUUGUGUGUGAUAGUUUACAACGGGUGCAUCACUGGCUGUACCACCUGGAGGCUCUCACCGAAUUCAAAUCUUUGGUUCUCGGUGAGGAUUUUGGAAAAGAUCGACUUUCGGACAAUCCCCGGGUAAUUUUGUCGACUUUUGAAGACUUCCAGAAGCAUUCAAGUGCACUUGUAUCAAGGGAAAAAGAUAUCAAUUUGCUUGUGAUCGACGAAACCAAAGAAGUGCAGUGUGGGAAUGAAUUAUUGACACUGCUUGCUAAAUUUCCCACCGCGGCCAGGAUAUUUCUAAUAACAGAAAAUCUGUUGGACCAUCCGGUUCGAUUCUCCCUCAGACUCAAGCUAUGCCAAGUGGCGUUUCAUGCAGAAGCGUUAAAAACCUUACUGGACGAAACCAUUCAAGCUAACAGAUCGUUGAAGAAAUCGCAAAAGUUAAAGCUGUUUUUCCUCACUCGCGACGUGCUGUUCAGAAGGUAUCGAUCUCAUCACAAAGAUUACCUUCCUCUGAUUGACGAGGACGAAUUCAGAGCUUCUUUCAACGCGUGGAAAAUCGCCAACGGAAUGGAAUGCAGUCAAAUCGAGGACACAAGUUUGCAGGUUUUCGAAGAACUGAGUCAAGAGCUGGCAGAAAGCGAUACCCUAGGCGAAACAAGUCUAAAUGUGGCCAUUGUGGGUGAUAAGGAAAGCUCAGGCAUCGGAAGAGACCUAUCGCAUGAGACGACGGAUGAGGAUGAAAACGAGGAACCAGCAGCGGCCGUGUCGUACAAAAUAAGCGAGCCUCUGUUCGAUUUUGAACAGAGCACUGAGGAAAUGCCCAAGUUGGUGGUGGAAACGUCCGACUCCGAGACCAAAUCGACCAUUGAUGAUGUUCUGCGGAAAUCUCCACUGGCUAAAGCAUCAGACUCCGAAAAGACUCGAUCUCAAACACCUAUGAUAGAAGUACCGGAAACGGAGCGAUCCUCACAGGUAAACACCGACGACCAAACUGAUUCCGAGGGAUACCUCCAGUUCGGUCAGGCUCUUUUUCAACCCAGUUCUCAGCUAGAAAGCUCGUCGGAAGCGGUGGUUCGCAAAUCGGUCAUCGCAUCGACGGUCGACAAGUACGACUUCCCGAUAGAUCGAUUCUUCCAACGGAAAUCACCUUCCUCGGGUUCAACGGAUGUCGAAAUCGUCUCGAAAGAAAGUGUCCUGGCGAACAAUCCGGUACUGGUUUCUAGUUGCAGCUCGAACGGACGGGAGAAGUCUCCGGAUCUGUUCAGCGAUUCCGAAGAAGAUACAGUCAAAUCGAUCUCUCAGAAUGACACGCUUAUGAAUCUUCUGUUGAAAAGCCCGAUUGAGGUGGAGAAACCCAUCAAACAGGAAAUGAACAUAAAGAAGCCCUUGUCUAAAAAGCCUCGACCCAAUGUGAGCACGCCCAUUUCCAAACUUCUUCACGGUCCUCUACAAAACGAAACUACGAGUACCACCGUAGAACACCCGUCAUCCAACGACAUCUUCGCCGAUCUCACCGUUAAAAACCCGGACCCGAACCGAACGGACGUGUUCGAAAUCACCGACAACAACGCCUUCGGGAACCAGAUUCUGGUCCACGCCGAAAAGGACAGCAUGUCUCCCUUGCGGGAUUCCGACGAUGUCCAGUUUGUCACCGUGCUACGGCAGCCGGACGAAGUCGUCGAUUUGGACGCGGAUCCGUGCACCCCCAAGAGCCAAAAUGGCCCCGCCCCCAAUCCCUCAGUCAAACGGACACCUUCCUCCAAGGGAACGCUGCCCCCGACGCCUCGUGGUUGGCUCAGCAAGAGCAACCGAUCGUCGGACAGUGAUUCCCCCCGUACUCCGAAAACCUCGUCGAGGAAGGCAACUCCCCAAACCGGAAGGCGUUCCGCCGGAAGUCACGGCACGUCAUCGAGCUUCAAGCGCAAGAAGCUGGAAAACUGGUUCCGUGAUCCACCCACCGACGAUGAUGAUGAUUUUGAAGAUUGUCGGCGGAUGUCCACCAGUGUGAAUCGGAGGAAAUCGGCUCCCGCCGUCGGAGCAUCCGCAUCCACAAGUGGAAGCGGUGGAAAACGGAUUUCUCCGAGGAAGAAGUGCUUCCAGGAGCGCAUCAUACAGCGGUACAAUCAAAUCUUGGUGUCGCCCAGCGGGAUGGAUAGCGAUUUCGAGUGAGUGUUUUCUAUGCUUUCGGUAGGUAGUUGUUGUAUUUUUUAUACUUAUUUUAUUUCAACAUGUGACAAAUUUUUAGUUUUCUUUGGGUACUUUACUAUAUUGUUAAGUAUUAUAUACUUAUGUCAGAUAGAAAAAUAACACAAGCGCGAUUGUAACGGUAAAUGGCA